AUGUCAGGGAAGCAGAUGCAACAAAGUGUCAAGGAUCUACUAAAUAUUUCAGAUCUCGAAGACCCACCAAAGGAAAUUACACCAUCUAUUUUAAAGAAGAUUAUUGGUGCUACUAAUAGACUGUACAACUCAUCAAUUAAUAAAGUGAUGCUAAAGAAUGAUGAAGAACCUGCAAGAUCUUUUAUUUGUGCUUAUCUUUCUAUUGAGCGACUAGAUGAAAAAUUGAAAUUAAAUAUUCCAUACUAUAUAGACAAAAUUCCAUUAGAUCCCAAAAAAUCAAAACAUUUAAUUAAUUUAUUUAAAUAUCAAGUAAUUCAAUCAUCACCGAUGAAAGAUUUUAGUUGGACUCCAAGCUCAAGUCCUGUUAAGAAUUUGAGGAAAUCUCCAAUAAAAAAUUCUGGUUCUUUUACAAGUAGAGAUCCAAAUGAAUUAAAAAAAGAAUUAUUUGGUGAUAAAAAUUUGAAAACACCUGUGAAAAGAACGCCGUUUCUUUCCCCAUCAAAAUAUACUACAACACCAAAAUUGGCGGGUGAUGAUUCUAAUACUCAAAGGAAGACAAGAAGAAAAUUAGCAUUCGAAGAAGAAAAUGAAGAUGAUGUGGCAGAUAUUGUUAAUACAAUUUCAUCCCCAAAUAAAAAUAAAGAUACAAGCUUGAGAAGAUCUCCCAGAAAAAACUUAAGGAAUUUUAAAGAUACUUCAGAUAAUACCAUUCAUGAUGAAUAUGAUGAUCUUCAGUCAGAUUAUUCCAAUUAUAAGUCUUCUGAUGAUCAAUCUAUGGCAGAAGAAGAAGAAAUUACAGAUAAUGUAACAGAUGAUGAAUUAUUAAAAGAUUUGAACUCCGAAGAGUCCAAAGUAACAGAUGAAGUAGUAGAUCCUCCAAAACGUAAGCGUGGCCGUCCAAGAACUAGAGAUUUGGAAGGAUCAUCAACAAAGUCUAAUAAAAUACGAAAAAUACCAAAUAAUAGAUCAUCAAGAAACGAACAAAGUCUAUUGCAUAGAAGGUAUCAUAAAGUUACAGCUUCUGAAUUAAUUGCUUUAUGUAAUAAUUUCGAAUUACCAAAAGAAACUGCAUAUCAAUUAUUGGAUUUUUACCUAGAAAACUCUACUUAUCUUGUAUGUACAUGGCAAUUAGCUUGUGGAUUGGUUCUAAACUGUACGUUAAUUGUAUUUCAUGAUAAAUUCAGGAAGGAUCCAAGAAUUGAACAUUUAAUAUUUCAAAAGAUGAUCACCUUAAUGCGUUCCAAUUCUAUUAAUGACGUAAUAGAAUGUUAUACUUUAGUGAAAGAAUUAAUAUCUGGUGAAGAAUGGUACCGUGAUCUCCAAACAAAAUAUAAUUGUUUUGAUGGUGCUACAUAUGUCGAAAUGAUUUCCACGAAAUUAGGAUCAAUGUUACAAUCAGAUAACAUCCUAGUAACGACAGAACAGUAUGCAAAUUGGAAACAUCGUAUUUUGCAAGAUCUGUCUUUACGCGAUCCAUCUUUUAAUGCUUAA